CUCCACCUCAUUCCUUAUUCGUUUGGUGGCAAGCGUCAGAGUCUGAAGAGAGAAAAUGUCUGGGACUGGUGAGCAAAGUAAAAGAACAAUUGAUUCAUUAAUGGAGUACAAGAUGAACCACAGGAGUCGAGGUUUGGCACUAAUCUUCAACCAUGAACAUUUUCAAUCUCCAUUUCAAAAGGAGCGUCGUGGCACAAAUAGAGACAGAGAUAACCUUUCAGAAAGAUUUAAAGCCCUAAAUUUUGAAGUGAUCUCUCACAAUGACUACAGGAAGGAGCAGGUGCUCAAAGAAUUACGUAAAGCUGCAGCAGCCGACCAUGCAGAUGCCGACUGCUUUGUCUGUGUUUUCCUGACUCAUGGGGAAACCGGGGAAAUUUAUGCCUCCGAUGACAAGAUUAACAUUAAGGAAGUGACAGAUAUGUUCAGAGGAGAUCAGUGCAAAAGCCUUGUAGGAAAGCCCAAGAUCUUCAUCUUCCAGGCGUGUGCUGGUAACAAAUAUGAAGAGGCAGUGACCGGUAUGAUGGCAGGGGACAGUGAUGAUGAGGACGAGGUGGAAAAAGCAGCUAACAUCUACACCAUCCCAGCCGGGGCAGAUUUCCUCAUGUGUUACUCUGUAGCAGAGGGAUUUGUUUCAUUUCGGCACACAGAAAAUGGAUCGUUUUACAUUCAGGAUUUAUGUGAAACGCUGCUUCAUCAUGGCUCAACUAUGGAGUUCACCGAGCUCCUAACACUGGUCAACAUGAAGGUUUCUCGUCGUACAGCCACUGUUCACAAUAAUAAACAAAUGCCCUGCUUCACCUCCAUGCUGACUAAAAGACUUCACUUUAGGUCCAAGUAAUAAUGAAGCACCCAAACCCAGUUCAUUACUGGUCAUCAUUACUCAUUUAUUGAUCAAUAAACAUUUCAUAAUAAAGUUUCAGCUAUUAAAACUGUUUGUGGGGUGAAUGAAUGUAUGUAAUGAAUUUUUUCUGUAAGAUUUUCACGAGGUUGUUUAUAGACAUAGUUUUGAUGGUAGUUGAUACAGUAGAUGUGUUAGGUAGAUGGAGGUGGAGCAAGUGCAGAGUGUUUUAAUAAGAACAAUGUAUAACAUUAAACAAUAAACAUGAAAACUUUGAACAUAAAAACACAAAAACUAUAAGUAAUAAUAAAUGUGAUCAUGAGCAUGUGACUACCAGUGUCAGACUAGUUUUAUAACCCUCCUAUAGUUGAAUGUAAUGUCAUUUUAAAGUGCCGUUAUCUCCAAACAACUUCACCUCUGUGUCUGUUCUAAAUUUCAGCAAUCUAUUAAAUCUAGCUGCAGCUGUUAAAUUGAUUUAAUUGAGCUGUUAUUAGAUUGAAAUUAUGAUCUGCCUUAGAAGCUCUUGUGAAUGAUUUUUUAUUGCAUAUAUCAAUAUCAACAUGUGUUUUUAAUUAGAUACAACACUAUAGUUACAUUUGUCCUAUUGGAAAAGCUGUGUGUUACAAAGCUAUUAAUGAUGUUACUUGUUUACUUAUAUUGUGAACCUUUUAU